CCCCACCGCCGCCGCCGUCUGAUGAGCCGCGGCUCCGCCGAACCGGGCAGCCGCCGCCCCGCCGCCCCGCCGCUCCCCGCCGCCCGCCACCAUGUACCUGCACCCGGAGGCUGCCAGCGCAGGGGCUCCAUCCCGCGACGUCCUCCUCGUCUCAGCCAUCAUCACCGUCAGCCUUAGCGUCACCAUCGUCCUCUGCGGGAUCUGCCAGUGGUGCCAGCGCAAACUGGGUAAGCGUUACAAGACUUCCCUGGAGACCGUGGGAACUCCGGACUCCAGCCGAGGCCGCAGUGAAAAGAAAACCAUCAACGAUCUAGACAGAGACUUUUGGAAUAACAAUGACAACACAGUGCAGCAGAAAUGGAGCUCCUACCCUCCCAAGGAGUUUAUACUAAACAUUUCACCUUACGCCCCGUACGGUGAUCCGCGGCUUUCCCUCAAUGGCUCUCUGUUAUCAGGGGCCAAGCUGACGGCAUCGGCCGCCGCGGGGUUGGCGGGGGAGCGUGAUGGCCGCCCCGGGGAGAAGCAGCGGCUCGGCGAGGACGGCAUGAGGAGCAGCGUCUCUGCCCACAGCGAGCCCGGCACGGGGAAGGCGGCGCGAGGCCGCUGGCACACGGUGCAGAGCCACUUGGCCGCAGGGAAGCUCAGCCUGUCCAAUUUCGAGGACUCCACCUUGUCCACAGCCACUACCCUUGAGUAUAUCCCCACCUCAGCAGGCGACCCCAAAUGCCAGAGGCCCCGCACGCUCAUGCGCCAGCAAAGUCUGCAGCAGCCCCUCAGCCAGCACCAACGCGCCAACCACAGCCAGCCCACCACCAGCCAGAGCCUGGGCCACCUCCAGGCCCACAGCGGCUCCUCCGCCGGCGCCGGCAACCCCCGGGGCUCCCGCGGCGGCCAGGCGCGCCAGGGCAUCGCCGCCGGCUCCAAGCAUCGGACGGCUGGCGGCCGGAGCCGCUCCAAUCCCGGCAGCUGGGACCACAUGGUGGGGCAAAUCCGCAACCGCGGCUUGGACAUGAAGUCCUUCCUGGAAGGCCGGAUGGUGGUGUUAUCCCUGGUUUUGGGACUCUCAGAGCAAGAUGACUUUGCCAAUAUCCCCGACCUGCAACCCGCUGGGACGCAGCCGAACCAGCCGAACGCUCAGGGGGACAAGAGGUUGCCGGCCGGUGGCAAGGCGGUGAACACGGCGCCGGUGCCCGGGCAGCCACCGCACGAUGAGUCCGACCGCAAGACGGAGCCGCGCUCCUCCGUCUCCGACCUGGUCAACUCCCUGACCAGUGAGAUGCUCAUGCUCUCCCCAGGCUCCGAGGACGACGAGGGCCACGAUGGCGUCAGCCGGGAGAACCUGGGUCGCAUCCAGUUCAGCGUCGGCUACAACUUCCAGGAGUCCACUCUGACCGUCAAGAUCAUGAAGGCGCAGGAGCUGCCGGCCAAGGACUUCAGCGGCACCAGCGACCCCUUUGUCAAGAUCUACCUGCUCCCCGACAAGAAGCACAAGUUGGAGACCAAGGUGAAGCGGAAGAACCUCAACCCGCACUGGAACGAGACCUUCCUCUUCGAAGGGUUCCCCUACGAGAAAGUGGUGCAGCGGGUGCUGUACCUCCAGGUCCUGGACUAUGACCGCUUCAGCCGCAACGACCCCAUCGGGGAGGUGUCCAUCCCUCUCAACAAGGUGGACCUCACCCAGAUGCAGACCUUCUGGAAGGACCUGAAGCCGUGCAGCGACGGCAGCGGAAGCCGUGGGGAGCUGCUGCUGUCCCUGUGCUACAACCCCUCCGCCAACUCCAUCGUGGUGAACAUCAUCAAAGCGCGUAACCUCAAAGCCAUGGACAUCGGGGGCACGUCAGACCCCUACGUGAAGGUGUGGCUGAUGUACAAGGACAAGCGGGUGGAGAAGAAGAAGACCGUGGUCAUGAAGCGGUGCCUGAACCCCGUCUUCAACGAGUCCUUCGCCUUCGACAUCCCUACGGAGCGGCUGCGCGAGACGACCAUCGUCAUCACCGUCAUGGACAAGGACAGGCUGAGCCGCAACGACGUCAUCGGCAAGAUCUACCUGUCCUGGAAGAGCGGCCCCGGGGAGGUGAAGCACUGGAAGGACAUGAUCGCCCGUCCCCGGCAGGCGGUGGCACAGUGGCACCAGCUGAAAGCCUGAGCACCCCAGGACUGAGGGGCUGGGGGUCCCCCUUCCCAGCCCCCGUCACCCCUCCGCGGGGCUCCCGGCGAGGAGCCGAGGGAUCGGCGGGACAGCGGUCCGGCUCGCGGGGAUCCUGCGGUAGGAGGGGGACGGAGCCCCCCGGCCCCCCGCUUUCGCCUCUCCCUGGCGCUGGGGCGUGGGGGGCACGCAGCCGCCCAGGACCCCCGGCCCAGAAGGGUGCCAGAAGCGAUGACCCCCCCUAUCCCUAUCCCUAUCCCCAUCCCCAUCCCCAUCACCGGGCAGGACUUCUGCGAGUGCUUCCAGCCCCGGUCCCUGGGAGCCCCCCUGCCCCUCCUUGGCCUCCCCCCCCGCCAUUUCAGGGGGCCAGGCUGCAGGUGCAAGAGGGACCCCCACCUCCCCUCCCCUUUCAGCUCAAUAAAACCUCUCCGAGCCGUCAGCGUUGCCCGAGCGGGGCCGCAGAGCCCCCCCCCAUGCCCUGCCUCAUCCCCGCCGCCCUCCCCGAGCCCCCCGGCUGUGCUGGGCUGGCACGGGGUGGGGGGCACCCAGGGCGGGGAGGGCAGCCCCCUUCCCCGGGCCAGGCGCGGGCUCCUGGGAUCGGAAGCCAUGACACAGUUCGUUAGCCAAAGCAGGCUCAUUUGUGCACUGCCUUCAGCCGGGUUUGAUGCUUUACUACCGUCUCGGGGCUCGGUGGGAGCGGGAGCUUGAUAACCCCGUCUUGGGGGUCACAUCCCGUGUGGGGACCCCCCCAUCCUGCCCCCAACCCAGCUCUUCCCCCCCGUUACCCCCCACCUUGGGCACGUCCCCACGGGGCCGGCCAGGGGACCGGCCUCGAGCCAGGCGGUAGCCCCCCCAGGGUGGGAUGCUGAGCCCCAGAGCAUCCCCUUCCAGCUGGGCUGACCCAGGCACCGGGGCUGGUCCGGGACCCCCGUGAGCCCUGUGCCCAGCACUGGGUCCCUGGGGGUUAAGGGAUGGAGCAAGUGCCAUUGUCCCCAUCCUGGGCAGGUGGCAUUCCCGGGGCCAGCCAAGCCUGGCAGGAGCGGUGCCAGCAGCAUCCCCGCCGUGCCCGCAUCUCCCUGUCGGCUUUCCCCCGGGACGCACGUGUCGGACCCCUGCCCGCUCCCCAGGGGACAGACCCACCUGGGAGCCCCACGGGGCGCAGGGGCUUGGGGCAGCUCCUUGAGUGGGAUGGGGGGGGGGGGGUGACAGAUGGGGUCACCCAGCGGCGUCGUGUCCUUUGGGUCCUCCCCACCUCCCUGCGCUGGCGGGGUCGGCGGUGGCUCGCCGCGAUGGACGCGGGUCCCGGCAAGACCACGACAGCGCUGGGUGCGACGUGAGGCGUCCCUGCCCAUCCCAAGUGACACCGGUACCUCUCGGCAUCCCUCUUUUCCACCAGGACUGGCCCAAAGCGAGGACGCGGUGGCCAGCAUGUGUCCGUGUCCUCCUGGGGGGGCUUCCAGGGUGCCCCACCGGUCCCCGUGCCGGGUAAGCGGAGCCCCUCCAGGCUGGCCGGGGUGGGGGCAUCGUCAGCCCCCGACCUCGUGGGCUCCCUCUGAACGGAGGGGCAUCGGCCGAGCCCUCCCGGAGGAGGGGAGAGGUGGGUGCUGCCGCCUCCGCAGCCAUCUCAGGUAGGGCACGGCCACCCGCGGGCGCAGGGACACCCAAAGGUGUGCCAGAGCCACCCUGCCUGGCCAAGGGUCCCCCCCAUCCUCAGUCUUCCUGACACCCCCCCCCCCCAAUGGCACCCACCACCCUUCACCCCUCCUGUACCCAUGGGGAGGACAUCGACACCCCAAUGCAGGGUGUCACCGAGCCAACCCCCCCCACCCUGGGUGCCACCGAGGCCACGGGCUGUCCCCUGGGGGGGGACGGGGGGGGGCUGUGUACAACCGGGAGCCCGGUUUUAGUGAGUGUUUCGCCCCGUCACCGUCGUCCCCGUGCCACAGCGUGUCCCAGCCCGUGUACAGGCACCCGGUGCACCCCGCAGCAGGCACGGCUCCGCGGGCGUUAAUGCCACCCCCCCGGGCUGCACAGGGUUACGGGGUGCUGGGGUGGGCACCCACUGAGCCCCCGAGGUGCUCCAUGGGGUUUCUCCGCUAGUACGGGUGGGGGGGGGGAGCCUACACCAGAAACACCCCCCCCCCCAAAAGUCCUCGGGGUGCCUGGCUGCUUGUUCCUUCUCCUGCCGAGGGGGACAUCCCUGUCACCCCGGGGGCCGUGGGGGGGGACAAGCCACCUGGGGACACAGUGGCAGCGGGACCGUCCCGUGGCUGGAGCCGGGAAGGGUUCGCCAGCCCCCGCAGUCCCUCUUUAGACGAUUUUGGACAAUCUGGAGAGAAGUCAUAAUACUGCUACUACAGUAAUAAUAAUGCUUUUAGGGACAUUUGUAUUUUUAUCAUAUUCUCUCUUUUUUUAACAUAAAAGAAGAGAUUUACAUGCCUGGGGAAGGGGCUGGAGCCGAGGGGUGGCAGGACCAGGGCACCCCAAGGUCGGGCACCGCGGCGGGCUGUGCCGGGCCCCCCCGAGCCCCGGGGGCUCCCCGUGGGCAGGGGCAGCCCAAGUGCCGGCGGGGCUGUGCCAAGCUGGGUGCCCACCCGUCGCCCCUCGGGCACCCCGCUCCUCCGGGAAGGAUUUCUUGUCUGCGGUCGGCUCCCCGGGGCUUGUGUGUUCAUUUUUAACUCUAGAGCUCUUAGCCGUUAUCUUGUUCAGGUAUCUCUCUUCUUCAUGUGACGGUAACAUCCAACUGGUGUGUAAAAUACAGAAAAACAGAAAAAAAAAAAAAAAAGACAAAAAAAAAAAAAAGACAAAAAAAAAUCAAGACGAAAGCCCAGACCGGCUGACGAGCGGCUGGAGCAAAGGGAUGCCCGGCUGGCGAUGCCACCCCCGCUGCCGGUGGCUUUGCUGCGUGGGGGUGGCCGUGGCCGGCUGCCCCCUUUUCUAAUAAGGGCAGCAGAGGCCGGGGCUGGCGCCGCUGGGGAGGCUGGGGGGCGAGAGCUGGGGCGCGCGGGUCGGGGCGCCUUCUUUGCAGAAUCCUAUUUUUGGGGAGCGG